CCAACCAGAGAUGUUACACCCAUCAGUGCUAAAAUGUCACAGGGCACGUAAUUGGGAAGAAAGAGGAAACAGUUUGAAGCAGUCAGAGCCUGUUAUCAGUCUAAUUACAGCAGGAGGAGAGUCGUGAUGAACCAUGAAGACCAGACUAGGCUGCCUGUCCAAUAAGUCUGACUCAUACCCCGACUUCACUGAGUUCCUGCCCCCUGCCCAGGACAGGGCCACCAGAUGCCGAAAGCUGUCAAAAGAUGAAGUCGUUCUAUGGGCAGAUUCCUUCGAUGUUCUUCUGUCGAACAAGUGUGGCCUGGCUGCCUUCCGGGCUUUUCUCAAGACGGAGUUCAGCGACGAGAACAUUGAGUUCUGGAUGGCCUGCGAGGAAUAUAAAAAAAUCAAGACUCCCGCUAAAUUGAUGACCAAAAUUAACAAGAUCUACAAUGAGUUUAUUGAUGUCAAGGCUCCCAGAGAGGUAAACAUAGACUUCCGUACGCGGGAAGUGAUGAGGCAGAGCCUUGCGGAGCCCACCCCCUCCAGUCUGAAUGAGGUUCAAGCCAGGGUCCACAGCCUCAUGGAGAAAGACUCUUACCCACGCUUUCUUCACUCCAAGAUCUACCAGGACUUACUCAACUUGCAGUACACACACUGCCAUCGGAACUCUGUCUGAAGAACACACACAUGCGCCGUCGCAGAUACACAUACACAUACACACACGCACACAUACACACACACACACACACAAACAGUUGUGUUUGUCUUCAGUAGCUAGAACCCAAGGAACCAUUAUUCCUCAAGUUCUAACUUGAGAUCUCUAUGCGUAACUCAAUAACUCAAGUCUCCCAUUGACAUGUUGAAUCAUGUGAACGUUUUUGAGUUAUCCAUACAAAUAUCACGUUAGGAUUCUCCUCUCACAGAGAGAUUCUUAGUAUUUAGACAUAUCGUGAUACUGUAUCAUCCCUCUUUGAACUGUGUCAACAUAUAGUUUACACUUAGAAAACAAAAUACCACAAGACAUUGUACUGUGUAUCCUUUUAUUACUCUUAUUAGAAAAUGUGUUGUUGUUGAUGAUAUGUAUU